AUGGAACAAGACACAGAUGUCAACCUGAGGUGGAAUGACCACCAGACUACACUACUAUCUGUGUUCAGCUCUCUUCUAGGUAAUGGGAAUCUGGUAGAUUGCACAGUGAGUGCUGAAGGUCAGCAUUUUAAAGCACAUAGAGUGAUUCUCUCAGCUUGCAGUCCAUAUUUUGAAUUAAUAUUCAGUCAGCAUUAUGAAAAGCAUCCUAUUGUUAUACUGCCAGAUGUAAAAUUUCAAAUUUUGAAGGCACUGAUGAAAUUUAUGUGCUCUGGAGAAGUGAAUGUACCGCAGAAUAAGCUCUGUACUUUCCUCGAGAUCGCUGAGACUCUACAGAUUAAGGGCCUCUCAUUUGCUGGUGAUAGUGGAUCGAAGAAUGAACUCACAUUCAGGAGAAUGAAUGAAUCUGACUCUCAUCGUGGACAACAAGAUUUCAGAAAAAAUCUGUGUGAACCCAGACAUGGUUCUCAAGUAGAGCAGAAAGAAGGUGGUUGCUCACAACACACCUUUGAGGAGGCGUGUUCUAAAGACAUUGAUUCCCAUCUGCUGGCUGUUCAGAAAUGUGACAGUGAUAGUUCCAAUUAUGUCUCCCAUGAGAAGCCAGGGGGAGAGAUAGCUAUGUCCCAAGACAUUUUUGUUACUAAGCACUUCAACGUGUUCCAGUGUUCAUCUCUCCCAAAAACACGUACUAAAUCAGAUACCUCUGUGUCUGGAAUAGUAUUAAACUUAGUACACAACACUUUAGGUUCCAGACAGUUGCCAGGAUGUUCCAAAGAAAAUAUUGGAGAGCAGGGACUGUUAAGUGACAAUGUGCUUUCAAAUUGCUCAUUUGAUAAAGAACUGAGAACAUCGAAACCUCGAGAUAUGUUUGAUGAAAGUGCUGUCGCGUGCCUUCUACCGAGAAUAAAGCAGGAGGAUCCAGAUGACUUCAGUGCUGACAGUAUAGAAGAGAUAAUCCUAGAUGAUGAAGGUGACGAUGACAAUUGUAAUAGUGGCGAUGACAACAGAACCGUUGGAGGAUUAGCGAGAGUGACACCAGAAGAAUCCUUUAGUGGCCAAGGAUUCUGCAGUCUAGAACAAUACAGGGACACAUACGUUGUAGAACAGUCAUCAAUCUUACCUAAACAAUUUAGAUGUGAUGCUUGCGGAAGGUCUUAUCGGUACUAGAAAGGUUUGUCGAGGCACUUGAAAUAUGAGUGUGGGAAAGAACCACAGUUUAAGUGUCCUCAGUGUCCUGGGAGAUACACUCAUAAGCAUCAUUUAAAACUGCACAUGCUAAGAAAUCAUUAA